UGUAAACUAUAAAGACUAUAUGUGUUAUGUGCUUUAUUUCACAAGCUGCACAUACUUCUGCAGGUAGCAGCACUGAGCAUAAAGAGCAAUUGACCUCUGAAUUAGUAUCAGAUCAAGUGUGCAUCAACUUUUGGAUUAGCAAUGGCUCCCACUAGAGAGCAACUUAGAGAGCACCUUGCCAAUGCUUAUAAAGCCGCAAAUGCCGUGGGAAUUAGUAAAGAAGACAUCAAACCUGUCCUCCAGCGCUUAUAUCAAGCUUUUGACGAGAACUGGGAGCCUAUUGAAGCAGACAACUACAGGGUUCUAAUUGAUACAUACUUUGAUUUGAAGGAGAAGGAAGAUGACGAGCAGAGAGAUCAAAAACCACGUAAAAGACGCCAUUUGGCUGAGGAGGAAGACAAGGCAUCUUCCAGAACUGGAUCAAGUUCUGAAUUCUCCCUCGGACAUUCCAGACACAAUGGAAAUCAUCGAUCUACCCGUCAUUUGGUCUCUGGAGAUGGAUCAGUACAUCCUGAGCGGGCAUCAGCUUCUGCAGUCUCGUGUAGUAAUCACAAGAACAAUUUCACGAAGCCAAAAAACAAGGUAUCCACAGAUGAUGCUACAGUUUCUGCAGGGCCAACCUCAAUAAGACGUCCAGGACCAGUUGUAGCUGCUAGAAUACAACGACCCAAGCCAGAAUCAAAUGCUGCACCUAUCGCUUGUGAGGAUAAGAAGCCACUCAGAUAUAUAUCAGACAUAACAAAAUCAACUGAGAAGGUGGCGAUAUCCUUAGUAGAUGAAGUGGGAAAUGGGAGCUUGCCAAAGUUCAAUUACAUCCCACACAACAUAAUAUACGAAAAUGCCCAUCUAAAUAUUUCACUGUCUCGUAUUGCGGAUGAGGAUUGCUGUCUGGAUUGUUCCGGAGACUGUCUUUCAUCGUCAUUACCGUGUGCAUGUGCUCACGAAACUGGUGGGGAGUUUGUGUACACACCAGAAGGUCUGCUGAAAGAAGAAUUUCUAAGUAAGCUUAUGGCUCUGGUGAGGGAACCGGAGAAGCAAAAUUAUGUUUACUGUCAAGAUUGCCCUAUUGAGAGGUCUAAGAAUGAAGACAUGCCAGAAAGCUGCAAAGGACAUGUGGUCCGGCAGUUUAUUAAAGAGUGUUGGAGAAAAUGUGGAUGUGACAUGCAAUGCGGAAACAGAGUAGUACAAAGGGGGAUUUCAUGCAAGUUGCAGGUGUUCUGGACUUCUCAAGGAAAAGGCUGGGGAGUUAGAACCUUAGAGGUCUUGGAGAAAGGAUCCUUCGUCUGUGAAUAUGUCGGGGAGAUACUGACCAAUACAGAGUUAUAUAAUCGGAAUAUGAAAAGCAAUGGCAAUGACAGACAUACAUACCCAGUCACACUAGAUGCAGAUUGGGGCUCAGAACAGAUUUUGAGGGAUGAGGAUGCCCUCUGUCUGGAUGGGACGCUUCACGGAAAUGUUGCAAGGUUUAUCAAUCAUAGAUGCUUUGAUGGAAACUUGGUUGAUAUCCCGGUUCAAGUGGAGACUCCUGACCGCCAUUAUUAUCAUCUUGCCUUUUUCACUACCAGGAAAGUGAAUGCCUUUGAAGAGUUAACUUGGGACUAUACGAUUGAUUUUGAUGAUGAAGAUCAUCCUAUCAAGGCAUUUCAGUGCACUUGUGGCAGUGAAUACUGCAGAAGCAAAAAACGGAAAGGGAAAAAAGUGGUGAAUCUUGGAUGACCAAUGACAAAUUGUUGUACUUAAACUUGCUUUAGUUGGCUUCAUUUUGUUAAUCUUUGAAGCCCAUUUGGCAUAAGCCACAUUUGCUGCAGAACUACAGAAUUUUUGUAUUAGUCUUGUAUUGUUGUUUGUUCAAUUGAUAUUAGAAUGCUAGAGAAAAUUAAACAGAUAUCGUAGAUCAGGGUACAAUUGUACAAAGGUUACUGUUCUUUGAGAUUUUGUACAAGUGUUGUACACGGGUACUGUUCUUUGAGUUCCUCACUCAAAUUCCAA